CAGUACAGCCGAGCAGUCGGCAGUGUCUCCUGCAGAGAGACAGAGCGAGGACAAGGAGAAGUUCAGAAACGACAGGCUGGACUUCUGCAGCAUGCUCUACCUUCGGCAGUCUCCGUCUGAUCGCUCUCGCCCAGCAGCUGUUUGACUUUGCUGGUGUGGAGGCGAUUUUUUGGAGAGAUUCGUCUUUUUCCCCUCUUCCACUGAUGUAAAAAACAAGCAGCCCCUCUAUACUGGAAUGAUGUGGACCUCUCAUGAUACUGUUGGAUUUGUUUUCUUAGUCGGAUUUUUUCAAUUCGGAUUCUCCUUUGAAGGUCGCUUCACGGAUCUGCCCUCCAACAUGACGGUUAAAGAGGGACAAAACAUAGAAAUGGCGUGUGCUUUCCAGAGCGGAACCGCGUCGGUGUAUUUGGAGAUCCAGUGGUGGUUCGUGAAAGCGCCGGAACCCACCGACAGCGAGGAGGACGACGAUGCUGAAGAGAUGGAGAUGAUACCAGAGCCUGAUCCUGAUGACGAAGGGACAAAAAUAAGUACAGUGAAAGUCCAAGGCAACGACAUCUCACACAAGCUGCAGAUCUCCAGAGUCAGCAAGAGUGACGAAGGACUGUACGAGUGCCGGGUGACACGAGCUAACUACGGAGAGAUUGUGGAGUACAAAGCCCAAGCCUGGCUGAAGGUCAACGCUACGGCCAGGCCACGACGACCACUGCAACCUCCCAAGAAAAGCUCCCCGCUGCACCUGACAGACAAGAAGCCGAGAAAGUCCAGCUCACCUAUGGGCCAGGACAGCAUGAGCUCAGACCAGAGGGUAGCCUCCACCUCCACCUCUCACACAUCCUCCAAUACAGCUAAACACAACCCCGGCUCAGGUGGCGGUGUACCGUUCUGGGAACUCAGAAACAUAGAAUACUGGCUUUCAUCUGACUGGUUGCACAUGAAAAAGGUCACGACAAAUGUCAAAGCACACUGAUGAUGUGGAGAGGGCCUUAAGAUCUCCACAUGGUCCCCACAGCAGUCCGCAGACCAUCUCCUUUGUGGCUGUGUGCACACUGUCCACAACAAGUAUUGUGUUCAUACUUUCAUAAGUCAUGCUCCUGUCCAUCAAGGAGUUGCCAUUGCUCUCCAACACUGUAGUGGGCGCUAUGGACAAAUCUGCAGCAGCACAAAGCAGGGUUGCUGUUGAAGAAGAAAUCAGGAAAAGCAGCAUGUGAUGUUUCUUUGGCUGAGUCAAAAUGUGCGGACGUCACAGCACUUAAAGACUUGCAGACUUCUGGGCGCAUUCCUGGGAAGUCCGCAUGUGCCAAGGGCUGUCCAAAUCCACAAUUGAUCAAGUCUGCAAGGGGCCUUAAGCAGACUUUCGGCUGACUUCCACUGAGUCUGCUUGAGGCACAGACUUCACCAUACUUCCCUCGGGAAAUUAUCCAUAUCAUUUCAUCCAUGCAAUAAUAUAAAAUAAUAAUAAUAUGUACCAUAUUUUUUGAAGACAUAAGGCAUAUACAGAAUAUGCAUAUGCUGAAUAGUAUGGAUGUUAUAUUCUGCAAAGCUAGACAGGCAAAGGUUGGCUUUGGUAGAUUUUGUGCAUGUACAGUGUGAGGAUCCUCACUCGAGGGUUUAAUGUGAAUAUAAUAGGGUUGGCAGCUCAUGUUAAGGGAAAAUUGUACUGCGUAUUCUGACCAUACCUGUUAAAUCUACUACUGUAAUGCAGCAGACCAGCAUACAUCAUGCAUAAAUUGCAAAUAUCAAUACCUUUUAGAAUCCUUAAGAAAAAUACUUUGAAAUGAGUUACAGGGUCAGGAAUUUGAAUUCAUCUCCAUGGAGACACUUGAGGUUUUAAGUCCCGUCUCCUAGCACAUUUCAUCCCUUCGUGACCUAGCUGCUGCAAUCUGCAAGGGCUUAUUCGGGAAGUCCGCAGGGUGCACCUUUGCAUUCAGCCUUUGUUAAAACUUUGCUUUGUUAAAACAAUGGCUGCAUAUUUUCUUUGUACAACACAUACGUUGUUUUCUACUUGCCUCCUCAUUCUUUUCGUCUUUAAAAUAUGUCUUUAUAUAUGUUGGCUACCUGAUUGCCAGUCAGAUGGAAGAGGCAGUGGUCAUGGGUACCAGAGACCAACAGAGGCCAAUCAGUAACAGGGAGCUGCAGCUGCCGUGAGUUUCAAAAUUGAUUUCAAAACUUUACUGUUAAUGUUUAAGGCACUACAUGGUCAGGGUCCCAGCUAUAUUUUAGAAAUGUUCAUCCCCCAUGAGCAGCUCCUGAGAUCCUCAGGCAGGCUUCCUAUGGUGCUCAGCUCUGGAACUCCCUGCCUGAGCAGGCUGGCCAAAUCAGUAGCAUCUUUUUUAUAUUCUUUUCCACAACGAUUUGGUUUGAAUUUCACUGCUCCUUAAUUAUUGACCUCAUUUGCUUUAAACUUUGCUGUUUGUAGAAUUUGAAAAUGUCCUCUAGUGUAUCAAAAAAAGACACCUUCGGAUAUGACCCAGGGACAGUGAGAGGAGAAGGAGCUGAAAGCAACACAUACAUAGAUUGUCUCCAGGAUUGUCUCUUUUUUCUACACACAAGAAGUAUUGCCAUUAGAAUAAUUUGACAGAUGCUAUACAUAAAAAUGCUACACGUACUGGCUUUAAGUUAUUAUAAUUUUUUAUUGAACUUGAAGAAAUGUAAUUCAUGAGAUUUACUGCGAUAUAUCUCCAUCAUGGGAUCGUAAUACUCAGUCUGUAAUUACAUUCAGCAGAUUGCAAAGAAUAUCAAUGUUACCUGUGUCCUUCAUUAAGCACAGUAAGGCUGAAAUCCUUUCAAAGAUGUGUGCAGUGUGUUGCGUCCUGGUAGCUCACCUGGUAGAGCACGUCCACCAUGUACAAGGCUGAGUCCUUACUGCAUGUCAUCCUCCCUCUCUCUCUCUCCCACAUUUCCUGUCUGUCUUCAGCUGUUCCUAUCAAAUAAACGCAAAAAGCCCAAAAAUAUUCUUAAAAAAUUAAAAAUAGAUGUGUGCAGCGUAAUACCUAUUGAGUUGCCUUAAAUAUAUCUAAUUUCAAUUAGAAAUGGCUACCAGCAGCAACCAAAAUGGAACGUCAAAGCAAAGGACAAGUUGUUGUUGCCUCAAAUGAUUAGAAAACUGCAGUCAGCUGUUAUUCAGAAAUAAUGAUAAUAAUAAUAAUAAUAAUAAUAAUAAUAAUAAUAAUAAUAAUAACAUUAAAGAAUGGUGUAGGCAUGAUUAACAAAUAUAGCAGGAAUGACAAAAGCAGAGUUCUCAUAUUGACCUGUAAGGAAUUGAGGUCAUUUGUAUUUACUUACUUUACUUUGGUUUGUCAACCAUUUCCAAAAAGGUGUUUCCCACUAACUUUUAGGAUUAAGUACUAAAUUGCAACUGUAAAGGCUGAUCAGAUGUAAUAGUGGAUUACUACUGCAAACGGUAAAACAUCAUGUUACUUGGUUAAAUACAAAAGGUACAUGCAUUUAAAUAUUUAACUCUAAUACCUACAACUUCAGUCAUGUGUGGGUGACUGAAUCACUUUGAUUUUGUUAUUUCACUAAUAAUAUGAUUAAAGAGCAACUUAACACCAGUUGAAAAUCUUGGUUUUGCUUUAGUGGUUUAACUUCUCACCUUGAAGAGAUCUACUGUCACUUUGGGCUGUUUGCACAAAAAAAUCUCUUUUUUAUAUAUGUAAGAAAAGGUGCAGACUGUAUGGACUCAACCAGAGUGUUUUUUAUUUAGUGUAACCAUCCAAGAUUUCAUACCUACAUGACAAAACAGGCUGUUUGUCAUUGCCCUUCAAAUCAACCCAUAGGAGCAUCUUCUGACCUGCUGCCCCUGUGGUUAUGGACUGGUCAAGUUUAGGGACCUAAAACUACUUAGUUGAGGUUAUUAUUAAAAGAAACCAACGUUGACUGUUGGUAGGAGAUAGGAUGCAAAGAGUGGUCUCCAGUCUCAAAGUCAGACACUUUGUAUACCGGUACAGUCACCCUGACCACCUCGAGGUGUACUGGUGUACAACGGUGGUCACACUACUUCCGCCUUUGUUGCUAAGAGAGAUUAUUUUUAUUACAACAAGAAGAUGGUCAUGUUUGAACAAACAAUCAAUGCUGUCAUUUUCUGGUGAGGACGGUCUCAAGCCAUCAGUAAAAACCUAACCCUAAACUAAGCUGAGACAAAAUAAUGAACUAAAACUGAACAACACUGAUGUGGCUGCAUUUUCAUACUAAAUAGACAAAUUACAUAUUUGUAGCAAUGAGCUAUCAUUUACCCAUAACUUACAAUAACUAAUUUACAGUAUGUGAUGUAUUCUUGUCUGUUUGUAUGUGAAUGGAGAUGUUUUAUUGCCUGUAAGGACAUGUUGCACAUUGCACUUUCGAAUGGUCCACAUUUUCCUCAUGUCUUUUUCACACCAACAUACUCAAGCUGAUAGAGGAAAUCAGUCUUGUAUCUUCAUGGUGUUUAACUUGUAACAGAAAAGGUUCCUAUGAAGCAGCCUAGUUUUCUCUCAUUAUUUUCAUUUCUCAGACUAUCAAACUAUGUACCGCUCCUCCUCAUCUGUAAAUGCCAAUCAUUUUCUACCUGGUCAGACAGUUCAAACACAAAGUCCACCCUGCUCUGGGCGCAGAUAGCCCUCUGCACCCUGAAGCAAAACACAGAAAGAUAUUACUUGCCACUGAAUAGAGGUAAAAAAUUGAAUAAUCCCCGGGGCUGCAGAGUCUGAGAUUAUGAGGCAGCCAAAUUAUGCUGACAACUGUGUUGCAGUGAGUGCUGUGUGCAGUGUGUCUGACACUGAUAAAUGCCUCUCAGAGGCUGCUCAGGCAGCCUUAGCCCCCUUCUCUGAGCGGCAGAGAGGUGUCACAGCUGAGGGCAACACAGUUCUAUUACUGCCGCACUCAGGUUUGAGGCAGAUGAGCAACAAUAGGUAAAUGGACUGAGAUUAAAUUAAACCGGGGGGAGUGCAGAUAUUUUCCUUUUCCGCAUUGCUGCACCUGUAAACAACAAGGCACUUUCCAGAUGGGGGAAUAUGACUGUGACUGGUGGAGUGGCUCCAGCAGCAGCAGCAGCAGCAGCAGCAGAGUGGUUUGUUCACAGCUACUCCCCACUAGUGUGUCAGCUGUUGUUAGAUCACAACUCGACCUCCAUCGUUCCUGGCAGUGUUAUUCUCUCAAAGCUCAGAGGUGACCAGAGCUGAAUGCGAAAAAAAAAAGGAAAGAAAAAUGUCCCCAAAGCCAGACUUGUCCCCCUACCCCUGAGGCCAGCCUGGUUCCUGCAUGAAAGAAAAACAAAUAUGGACUCAGCUUGAUUGCAUAAGCAUUCCAAACAAAAAAAUCACUGACCUUGUUUUUAAGAUCCACCAUAUUUUUUUAAACUGCCUCAACUGCAUG